AUGCAGCAACAAGGCUUCGAUUCUCUGCGUCGCGACCACACUAAGCAUGAUUCCACCGCCGCUCCCAAACUUCCUCACGACGGUAAAACCUUCAGCCGUUCCGAAGAAUUCACCACCACGGCCAAGAACUCUAAGCCCGGUCAUCGGAGAUCGGCAUCCACCGGAUCUCCGUUGAUAUACUCCGGCGGAUUGAACAGUUUCGGUUCAACUUCAAGUCCAACUUUACCUCCAACCGGAAACAUAUGUCCCUCCGGGAAGAUCCUCAGACCGGGUUUACCCUCUCCCGGACCGAACCGGACCGAUGUUUUGGGUUCGGGAACGGUGAACUACGGCCAUGGGAGUAUAGUGCGUGGUGCAUCGUCGGUGAAGAGCGCGAUGAGAUGUUCUGAUCCCGAGGAAGUGAAGAGAGCUGGGAAUGAGAUGUAUAGGAAUGGGAAAUUCGCGGAGGCUUUGGUGUUGUAUGAUCGGGCUGUUGCGUUGUCGCCGGGAAAUGCUGUUUGCCGGAGUAACCGUGCGGCGGCGCUUAUGGAGAUGGGGAGGUUGAGUGAGGCUGCGAUGGAUUGUGAAGAGGCUGUGAAGUUGGAUCCUGCUUAUGCUAGGGCUCACAAGAGACUUGCUUCUCUUUAUCUCCGGUUUGGACAGGUUGAGAAUGUGCGGCGCCACCUGCGUGUUGUUGCUGGCGUGCAGGAUGAUCGAUCGGAAGAGAAUAAUCUGUUAUUGUUGGAACAGCAUCUGAAGCAAUGUGCGGAUGCGCGAAAAAACGGUGAUUGGAAAAGGGUAAUCGGGAAGGUAGAUGAUGCUGUUGCGGCCGGAGCUGAUUUCUGUCCUCAGCUCGUGGCUUGUAAAGCGGAAGCUCAUAUGAAGCUUCGUCAAUUUGAGGAUGCUAAGUCGUGUCUUUCGAAGAUUGAAGGUUGUCCUCCAGCGUGUUCUCAAGCCAAGUUCUUUGGUAUGGUUGGUGAAACCUUUGUGCAUUUUGUCACGGCGCAGGUUGAGAUGGCCUUGGGAAGGUUUGAGAAUGCUGUUUCCGCGGCUGAAAAGGCAAGCGUAUCAGGUAAUAGUAAUGUCGAGGUUACGAAGAUUGUAAAUGUCGUGAGAAUGGUAGCGAGGGCGCGUUCAAGAGGCAAUGAUCUUUUCCGCUCUAGCAAAUUUUCUGAAGCUUGUAAAGCUUAUGGAGAAGGACUAUUAUAUGACAAUUCCAACUAUGUUCUAUAUUGCAAUAGAGCUAUUUGUUGGCAUAAACUUGGGAAGUGGGAAAAUUCAGUUCAAGACUGCAACCAAGCGCUUAAUAUUUGUCCAAAUUACACCAAGGCCCUUUUGCGCAGGGCCGCGUCCAAUGCAAAGCUUGAAAGAUGGGAUGAAGUUGUUAGAGAUUAUCGAAUCUUGAAACAGGAACUCCCUAAUGACAACGAAGUAGCUGAAAAUCUUGGUCAGGCUCUUGUAGCAUUAGAAAAAUCUCGCAAAGGAGUAAAUGGUAGUACUAAGUUAGGAGUUGAAGUUGAAGAAAUGACUACGUUAGACAAAUUAAAAGCGGCUAUUGCUUUCACUGGUGUUUCAGUAGUUUAUUUCAAAGAAUCAUCAAAUGAACUAUGCGAAGAAAUAUCUCCAUUCAUCAAUACAUUAUGCGUUAGAUAUCCAUCUAUUAAAUUUAUCAAGGUGGAUGUCGAGGAGUGUAUAUCAAUAGCGAAAGCAGAAAGCAUAAAAACUGUUCCAACUUUUAAGAUAUACAAAAAUGGAGAGAAGGUGAAGGAGAUGAUUCGCCCGAACCAUCAAUUCUUAGAGGACUCGAUAAGGAAAAGUAAUAAUAGUCUAUAG